UACACAAGGUGGGUAAUGUGUCAUUUUUUCUCGCUGUUGUUUUCCGUCAAGUCUGUUAAUCCAGACUGACUCAGUGAUUCUGAAAUCAGUAACUGUGUAUAUGUAGACAAAACUGACGAGACCUAUAUCUAGUUCCUUCCGGUAGCAUGGCCAAUGCAGUGAAGGAUUUUGUUCGAAAUGGCCUGUCAUCUUUAUUUGGAAGAAAGAAUUUCAGUAGCCACGGUAGUCAAGAAUACCUUCAUGUUGAAAAUCAAGAAGAUAGCGAUGACGGUAUUGUUUAUCCAAGCGAGGAGAUGCAAAGGAAAAGCGAUGGGAAAGGCGAGGAUACAAGUACAGUAAAUGAGGAAAAAUCUGAGAAAACUUCCGCUUUGCAAGCGGCUUGGAAUGUUCUCAAUUUAAUUCAAGGUCAGCGCUAGUCAUAGUCAUAUUUAAAAGCGAACGAAAAAGUUCUAUGAUGUGCUUAAUGUGUGGAUAUAUGUUUAAAAGAGAGUGCACUGGAAAAUCAAACCCUUUGUUUGUCCUCAUAAAUGAGGGUCAUUGAUUUUAGGUUGAAAAUUGAACCAUCUUUUACACCGAAUAUCAUGUUCGAAAAAUUGUGACCAACAGCCACGACGUAAGGUCAGUGCAUAAAAGAGUCCCUUGAACGUAUGCAGAAAAAAGUAUAAUUCGGUUGCCUUAAAAAAUCAGGCUCGCAAGUAUUUCUUUUCCCUAUACUACAUUUAAAUGUGGUUAAUUUGGGCCACGAAGCAAGACGCAUAUCAUAUUUUCAUAUCUUUUGCGUUCUUGAGGCUGGCACAACUUUGGAAAAUCAGAAAUGGAAGGUUCAUCCUGAGAUUUGUGGUUUGAGAUUUUUGGUUUCCCGGAAAAAAAAAAUAAUAAUGAUAAUAACUUUAAGGAGGACAUAUGUUUAGUUGAAUCAUGCAGAUUUUAUUGCAGGUUAAUGCAACAAAAAGGGAUAAAAAGAGAAACUACUCCAAUUCCAAUUAUAUUAAAAAAUAAUUAGAAUCUACCGUGAAGAGAAUUCAAUUAAACGCUAUGUAUUAUUUAUCGCGUAAUAGAAGUCGAAAGUAUGUUAAAGAAAUCCCUUUUAUGGGUCCAUCAAUUUUCAUAAGACUGAAUUAAAUCAGUAAAGUACCGGCCUUUUGGGCUUUACCUUCUAAAGGGGGUUACUCUUUCGUCUAAAUCGUUUUUGGUUCAUUGUGACAUAACAACGAGCGACCUAUGUUUGAAAAAAAUCAAACAACAAUGCCUUUAAAUAAUCAUUUCCCUUAUAUGAAUAUUUUAUAGAGACCGUAACUGAGAACUUCGAAAAGAAAUUUCAUAAAACCCAAAUCGCAUUAUUAUUUCUUGAAGGAAUAUUCGAUAUUUUAAGUUUAGAGUCAGAGAAAGAUGACUUUCUGCCUCUGAGGUACUGUCUUGUUUAAUAUUAUGUGAAAAAAGCGAACCUUCACCUUAUAAAAUAUUAAGUACACUGAGGGUUGAAAGUGAAUUAUUUUUCAACUGUGAAAUCCAAACAAUGUGAAUCGAUGCCAAUUUUUUUAAAUAGGAAAACAAAUUUUGAAUUGCUGCUUUAAGUCGCCCACGAACGGUUUUUCCCACUCCACGAAAGUUCGACAAUUUUUCGCUCAUUAAAAUUUUUCCAGUCUUUCGAAACAUAAUUACACAUGUACACUCAUUUAUUUAUUCACACCGUAAAGCUUGAGCACUGAACAGAACAAAAAAGGCUUUACAAAGCAAAUGCUAAUUAAACUGUUAAAAAAUUCUCUUUUUGCCAGUCCCUAAAGUUCAUCAACGCAGAAACUAGCUGUUGCGAGAAACAAAAACUGUUUUCAAUAUAGUGUCAGACAGCUGUCACCUAAAUAAAAGUCGUUUAAUUUCUAAGAUAAAAAAAAAAGCGUUUUGGAAUUUUUUUGAGGUUUGCUUCAUUUAACACGCCAAAAAAUUGUUUUCCUUUUUCUUCUCUUUUUCUUUUUUUUGUAACCAAUUAGAAGACAACAGCUCAUAGGAAUCAUAUAUUUGAUUUUUGGUUCGUAAGAGAGCUAACCAGAUCCCCGCUAAAGGAAUAAGAAAAAAAAAAAGGAUAUUUAUCUGAACUGGAAAAUUCAAAGGCGAACCACUUCUCCUUUACUUCAAGUUAGAAAUUUCUUUUUCGGCAAAAAUUCACGUAUCCAACAACCUGAAAGAAACGUCGGUUAACUUAACCGAAAUUCUACAAGACACUGAUUUAAAGGGCAGAAGCUAAUUAAACAAGGACAUAAGUUUCCUUUUGUCCGCAACUUGUGCCCACAAUAGGUUGCAGCUGCCUUGAGAAAGAGACAUUUGGUCUGUGGCCCUCAACCUCCCCUCCUUAGUAACUAAGAAACCGCUCAUGAGAGGGUCACCACACAGAAUGAUGCACUCAUCAUUUCCAACAUCUAGGCCUAACUUGAUUGACACGAUGACGUAAUUUUGAACUUACUGGCAGAGUCCAAAUUUUAUCAAUAAUUUUCCCCUUCAAGUGGCCAUAAAUUUAGAUUUAAAAUUGGUUCCGAGGGGUAUAACACUAUAACGCCAUGAUACGUAAGACUGACCAAGGGUCCUUAGAUAAGCUGCAAAGGCGUGCCGCCAGUAUUAAUGAAGGCUACACAGUUUCACAACGGCAAAUAUCUCGCACAUGCGGUUGGCCUACGCUCCAGUACCGCCGGGACUAUCUAGAGUAAAUGCUAGUGUUUAACAGCCUUCAUGGCCUGGCUCCAGCAUAUGAAUUUAGCCUAUAACACGCGCCAUAGAGAUUUGGUCCGCCUGCCCCUAGCUAGGACAACUAAGUGCCAGGGCUCCUUCAGUUUCAGCGGAGCCAAGAUCUGGAACACACGUCCUCUCGACCUGAGGAGCGAGCAUGAUAUUAAAACGUUUACGUUUGGCCGAAAAAGGCACUUUAGAUCUAAGCCUAACUGAGCCUCCCUUACUUAUGUUAUACUUAGUUCUACCAUUUUUUAUCCUUAUUUGUCUUGUGUUUUGUUUUCUUUUUCAUCAAGGUUCCAUUCAAACCAGCCUCGCUAACUGGGCACCCCUGACUAAAUAUUGUUUAAAAUAAAUAAAAUAUGAAUGCUUUCCACCCGAAAGGUUUUCUUUUAAUGUGAGCAAAUAGCUCAUCUCAGCUUUCAUCUCUUUCUCUCUCCAGUAGGAGAUCGUUUUAUUAUUUUUAAACACAUUUUGGUAAAUAUUGCUAACACUAUGGUUACGAGAUAUAACGGCGGGAUCGAGCUAUUUUUAGACUGAAAUGCGAGAUUUAUUCGUGCAAAUUCGUAUCAAACAGUACCAAAAAAGGAAAGCAAUAAGUCUCAUGACAAUAUCCAGAGACCUUUGGCAUGAAAAAAUGUUUAGUUUCUACAUCAUUUGGAUGAAAGUGAAUUUUCAAGCAAUCCAUGCUGGCGGCCAUUUGAAUAACGUCUCCGGCUACCAUAAUACUUAUAAUAACUUUUGGAACUCAUUUUGGGUUAAUCUUAUGAAAAUACACUAACAUAAACUUAAGAGUCAUUAAUGCUUCUAAUUCUUCAAUUGCAGGGACCGGUACACUUGGCGUUCCGUUUGCUGUGAUGCAAGGUGGAUAUAUGUCACUGGUCGCCAUUGUGGUUAUUUCAUUGAUCACGAAUUACACUGGGAAACUUAUUAUCGAAUGUUUAUACGAGAAGCCGUUUAAUGAUCAAGGCACGCGGGGAGUCCGUGUAAGGAAUAGCUACGCAUUAAUAGGUAACACCGAUUUUGCAGUAAAAAAUAACUUGUAAGAUUAUGGAUUCGUAUAAGAAUUAAUGGCCUCCUCAUUUCUCGAUCUAAUCUCCAAGCAAGCGAAACUGACCGCCGCAGUAAGCGCGUUCUCGUUCUACAUGCAAAACGAAACGAAUCAGGAUGAAGUUGAUCUCACUCCAGAGAACAUUCCCGGGGCGAGCUUUAGUGAAAAAGAGAUAGAACCAUAAUUUUUUCUAUCUCCUCUUCACUAAAGCUAGCACCACGAAAGUCCUCUGGAGUAAGAUCGACUUGAUCGUCCGCCAUAUUAGUUAUUUCAAAUUUGCUGCGAGGGUUAUUGAGCCUCACUUUGAUGCAACUUCCGUUUUUUUUUUCUUUUUCUGGAAUCGGAGUAUUAGCUGAGCUUUUUUGCUCUCAUUUCCCCAAUUUUUUUUUUAGGAAAAGCCUGCUGGAAAAGGUAUGGCUCAGGAGUCGUCUACGCUGCUCAAGUAAUGCAACUUUCUUGCGCAUGCGUACUGUACCUACUGCUCGUGGCCGACUUUUUCAACGACCUGUUUGAACACCACUCGCUAUCGUAUUCAGUGUGGACCGUCAUUGCGGGUUUUAUUCUUCUGCCUUCGGUGUUUUUGAACCAGCUUAAGCGUAUCUCCUGGCUGAGCAUGUUCAGUGUGGUUGCGCUUGUUAUGGUCUAUGUUGCUGUUAUUGGCUUUGGUGUUGUCAAUCGUUACAACUGGAAUUUCAACCUUGGCGUAACCACCCUUGAGGGCUUCCCCGUCGCCUGGGGGAUCAUUCUGUUCAGUUUUGUGUGCCAUCCAUAUCUUCCAGGUAAUAUGAUUGUUCAUGAAUAUUACAAAGGUGUUCUAAGGGACCCGUCAUUAUUUAUCACCUGAGGGGUGGGGAGGGGGGAUUUGGGGCUAAACAAGGUGACAUUUAGCCGAUUCCCCCUUUGCAUGUCACUUCACUGAAGUGACCCCCCCUAAUAACAUUUGAUGACUUUCGCUAUCCUCCCCCAUGCCUUUAUUUUCCAAGCAAAUUUGAGUGGUCCCGACCUCUGAAUCCUGCCAAAGUUUUCAUUGAUCAAGACAGUCUCGAGUACACGCUGUGGAUUCAGGAUUCCUCGUACUGGAUUAGGGAUUCUUUGUCAGUGGAGCUUGAAUUCCAGAUUCCUUGUGCUGAAUAUUCCGGAUUCCAUAGAAAAGAUUUCCAUGGUUCCUGAUUUUACAAGCAAAAACUUCCCAGAUUCCAGAAUCCGGCUUACCUUACAUGUUACAAAAGUUCACUUUCACACCCGUCCUUCGACUGUGACGACGAAAUGUUAUUGUUUUUGAUCAAAAGUAAAUUCAAAAGGAUAAGAAGCAAUUUCUUUAUCAUCUGGAUACAAAAUACAGCACUAAAAUGUUGUUCAAUUUAAAAUGAUUAAAAAACAAGAAAGAAAAAAGAUUUAGACAUUUAACUUUCGUCAUUAUCAAGUCAAAACAUAUGUAUUUGUCCCAAUAGAUAUAUAUAGGAAAGUAUAUUUUCGAAUAUUAAGUAAAAGUUGCAAUGGCUGACUUCAACCUGUUCUACUACUCUGUUAGGAAGGCUCUAAUUUUGUCUAAAGUUUAUCUCAGACAUCGUUUUUUGGUUUUUAGGCAUAGAAGAGACCAUGGAGAAACCAGAGAAGUUUGACAGUGUCAUGAAUUAUUCUUUUCUUGGCUCAGCGGUCGUCAAACUCGUGUACGGCUUCAUAGCAGUACUCACAUUCAAGGAUCAAACGCAACAAGAAAUCUCCGAGAAUCUGCCCCCAGGCGCACUUCAGAACACCGCUAAUUCUCUCCUGGGGCUAAAUGGCAUGUUUUCGUACGCGCUUCCUUUGUUCACUCUUAUAACAAUUGUCCACAAAGCCCAGAUCACUUGCAUUCCGUCCUGCUUCCCAGACGAACAGCAUCCGCUGACUGUUAAAGAACGUGCAAUGAUCUACUCUCUGCGAUCUAUGUUUGUGGUAUUUACAGUGUUGGUGGCGGUUCUCUUGCCCCAGUUUUCUCUCCUGAUGGCAGUGAUUGGCAGCAUAUCGGGCGUGUUGCUGACUUUGGUGUUCCCGUGCCUGUUUGACGUCAUUCUUCAUCUUGACCACAUCAGCACGCGUCGUUAUGUCAUCAAUUUACUUAUCGUUUGUGUGGGGGUCUUAUCAGGUGGUUUUGGGUUUGUCUUUUCUCUUAUAGCGAUUAUGAAAAUAUAUCUCAAAUAA